CUGGAUUUAGAGCUUUUAAAUGUUGUUUUUAAUAAAUAAUAUCAUUUCAGGUAAUAGUCUGUGAAAUGUUACGAAUGAUCGCAAAGACAGCAAACAAUAGGAAGAAGAAAGUAAUCGCCGCCCAAACCGGUUGUAUAACAUGUAGAAUACAUAUGCCUUUGAGAAGAAUAUUCAGAUUCAUUGGUGGUUUUGCGUACGGACUUCUGGUCACAAGUAUACUGACGGACACAUUGAAACUGAUUAGCGGAAGACUAAGACCUCAUUUCAUUCACGUUUGCCAACAAAUUGUCGAAAUCUGUAGACAACAGACAAUUGAGAGGACAGGCAUUGGUUGGGACAACAGAUCGUACGUUGAGUUGUCGCACAUAUGGAUCAGUCCCGACGAUUACGACGACUCCACUCUGUGUCCAAACCAUACGGAUGUCAUACGAGAGGCGCGAAUGUCAUUCCCGUCGUCGACCGCAUCCAUCGCCACGUUUUCGGCAUUUUUCACGCUUUUAUACAUCGGAUCCGUCGUUACGUUCAAAUCGGGACGUAUUAUCAAACUGUGGUUCACUGUCUCCGCACUGAUAUAUGUUAUCUCAAUUUUUUAG